UCCAGCGGGUGUCAGCGGGGAGUCAUGAAGAGGAGUGGCACACCAGUGUGGGACAGAAGGAGCUACAGGCCCCCUCCCACAUUAAAGAGGAGCAGCUUCAUGAUGAAGAUGAAGCUCAGUCCUUACAGCUUCAUCACAGUCAAAGUGAGGAGAACAGAGGGGCGGAGCUUGUAAGUCAACACAUCACAGAAGCUGAUGGAGAGCAUUGUGAAGAUAUCAAGUCAGAACCAGACAGCAUCUUUGCUCCACUGUCAGACAUGGACCACAUGAUGUCACACUCUUCUGAUCACAGUGACCACAUUCAAAAACCUUUGGAGAGUAAAAAUGACUCUAAAGGUGAUACGAGACAUCACACUAACAACAAACACUUUGACUGCUCUGAAUGUGGGAAAUUAUUUAGAAAGAAGUGUAAUUUUACAGUACACAUGAGAAUACAUACUGGAGAGAAACCUUUUACUUGCUCUGUUUGUAAGAAGAGUUUCUCCAGAAAGGAAUGCAUGACCACACACAUGAGAACACACACUGGAGAGAAACCUUUUGCUUGCUCCGUUUGUAAGAAGAGUUUCUUCAGAAAGGGUGACAUGACCAUACACAUGAGAAUGCACACUGGAGAGAAACCUUUUACUUGCUCUGUUUGUAAGAAAAAUUUCUUCCAAAAGGGUAACAUGACCACACACAUGAGAACACACACUGGAGAGAAACCUUUUGCUUGCUCAGCUUGCACUAAAAGAUUCAACACUGAGAAUGACAUGAUAUUACACAUGAAAACACACACUGGAGAGAAACCUUUUACUUGCUCUGUUUGUAAGAAAAAUUUCUUCCAAAAGGGUAACAUGACCACACACAUGAGAACACACACUGGAGAGAAACCUUUUGCUUGCUCAGCUUGUGCUAAAAGAUUCAACACUAAGAAUGACAUGACAUUACACAUGAGAACACACACAGGUGAGAAACCUUUUACUUGCUCUGUUUGUAAGAAGAGUUUCUCCACAAAGCAUCACAUGACCAGACACAUGAGAACACACACUGAAGAUAAACCUUUUGCUUGCUCAGUUUGUGCUUAAAGAUUCAACACCAAGAAUGACAUGACAUUACACAUGAGAACACACACAGGUGAGAAACCUUUUACUUGCCCUUUUUGUGAGAAGAGUUUCUCGAUAAAGGAACGCCUGACCACACACAUGAGAACACCCACUGGUGAGAAACCGUUUAGUUGCACUGUGUAUGAUAAGAUGUUCAGGUUUAAGAAGCAGUUGAGUAAACACAAGUGUGUAACAGUCAUGGAAGCUGCAGGGAUGUAAAAACACUUAAACAGUGAUUGUGCUAAAUGUAGUUUAAAAACACAGCAUGUUUAAUAAGAAUGUAUAUUUUAUGUUGUAUGUAGUGCUUCUCAUCUUCUAGUCUUAUAUGUUGUCCUGUACUUACUUUUUAA